GGAGCGGGUCGGAGAGAGAGAGGCAGCCCGUGUCGCCGCAGCCAUGGCUCUGCUCCGAGGAAUAUUCGUCGUCUCUGCCAAGAGGACUCCCUUUGGGGCUUACGGCGGCCUGCUCAAGGAUUUCACGGCAACGGACCUCGCAGAGAUUGCGGCUCGGUCAGCCUUGUCUGCUGGCAAAGUAUCUCCAGAAAUCAUUGACAGCGUGAUUGUGGGCAACGUCAUGCAGAGUUCUACAGAUGCUGCUUACCUGGCGCGACAUGUUGGUUUACGUGUGGGAGUGCCAGUCCCAGCUCCUGCCCUGACCAUCAACAGAUUGUGUGGAUCCGGCUUCCAGUCUAUCGUCAACGGUUGCCAGGAAAUUAGCCUUAAAGACUCUGAGGUGGUGCUGUGUGGUGGAACAGAAAGUAUGAGCCAGACACCUUUUGCCGUUCGAAAUAUACGUUUUGGAAUAAAACUGGGAGUUGAUCCCAAGCUGGAAGACGUGUUGUGGGCGGGCCUAACCGAUGCCCAUAUCCAGACUCCUAUGGGCGUCACCGCUGAAAAUCUUGCUGCAAAAUACAACAUUACAAGGGAAGAGUGUGACCGCUACGCCUUCAAGACCCAACAGAGGUGGAAAGCUGCUCACGAAGCAGGUUAUUUUAAAGCUGAGAUGGCCCCCGUUGAAGUGAAAGUUAAGAAAAGCAAACAGAUGCUGGACCACGAUGAACACCCCCGGCCAGAAACCACGAUGGAGCAACUGGGGAAACUGCCUACGGUCUUCAAGAAGGACGGCACCGUCACCGCCGGAAACGCCUCGGGCGUGAGCGAUGGGGCAGGAGCUGUGAUCUUAGCAAGUGAAGAUGCCGUAAAAAAGCACAACCUCUCUCCCUUGGCUAGAAUUGUUAGUUACCAUGUAACUGGAUGCGACCCUAACAUCAUGGGCAUUGGUCCCGUGUCCGCUGUUACGGAAGCCCUCAAGAAAGCUGGCCUUUCUUUGAAAGACAUGGAUUUGGUUGAGGUCAAUGAAGCCUUUGCCCCGCAGUACUUAUCUGUGGAAAAAGUUCUGGGUCUGGACCCCAAGAAGACCAACGUCAACGGCGGGGCCAUCGCUUUGGGUCACCCUCUCGGAGCUUCGGGCUCCAGAAUCACCAGUCAUCUGGUUCAUGAACUGAGGCGCCGUAAAGGUAAAUACGCCGUGGGUUCUGCCUGCAUUGGAGGUGGCCAAGGCAUAGCGGUCAUCGUCCAGAAUACUGCCUGAAGGACGAGCUGGAGGCUGCGGGAAUUUAACACUGCAUUCUUUGCUAACUGUUACACAACCAACUGAAGAAAUGAAAGAGAGAGAGUUACAAUUCUACUUUUGUGCCUGGUCUGCUAAUAAUCAUCUAGUCUAAAGGGAAGCACUUGGCUAAAAUCUGUUUUUUUAGAGAAAGUAACAAACAAACCUUCAAUUUGAUGGUGUGGAUUUGUCCAUUCUUUUUAUUGAUCCAUUACACCUCCUGCUGAAUUCAAUUUUGAUUUUUCUAAUAAAAUAUGUUACUGGAGAAAUAUUUAGCAGUCAACAAUUAGAGCCAAAAUGAACCUACAGUUUGAUGUUUUAUCUGUGUGGCUUCCCAGCCUUUCAAAUCAUCCCAUUAGUUUUUGUCUUCAAUUCAUGUAAUUUGACGGAAUUUAGCACUGGCGUGAAUGACACUUCGGGGGUCUGAUUUUUGCUUGAAAAACUCUACUGUUAACCAUAGGAAUAAAGUCUGACAAAAUAA